CCCCUGACAAUAGACAAAAAAUUAAUAAAUUAUUUGAUACUUCUGCUCGAUAUCGCACACUCUGUCAUCAUGUGUAGUGCGGCUGAGCUUAGCAAAUUGCACACAUCCAAAAUUUCAAGUGAUGAGGGUAAAGUGUUUAACUACUUGGUUCAUGAGAACGAUGCUGGUCUUUUAACCAUUUAUUUACACUCGACGGAAGAUAAUGCAAUUUCUUGCAAGGCGGAGGUGACCCCAGAUAUGUUAUCCAUCUUAACUCAGCAAAGUGAAGAACCAGCAGCUUUAGCCAGAAAUCUGCUUUUUGCCAGAGAGCCCAGCAUUGUUUGGUGUGUCGAGACCAGCAGAGCAGAUGCCAAAGUAACAUGGAAGAGGAGCCUGGCUGAGGGAAUGAGGCUAAAACUGGGAUCAAUUACUUUGGUUGCACACCCCUCUGCAUCCUCAGAUAUGCUCUCCAUCUGCUCUGCAGCCCUGCAGGAGGAGACAGCCAAAACAAAGGUGGCUCAGAGUAAAUGUGACGCUCUGGAGAAAGAGAACAGCCAGCUGCGCCGGCUGGCCGAGGAAGCGGUCAAAGCCCGCGAGCUGCUGGAGGCAGACCUGAUCUCCAAGUUUGCCCGGCUGCUGAACGAGAAGAAGUGCAAGAUCCGCGCGCUGCAGGAGGUGCUCGAUGAGCGACGAGCAGAGGAUAUGAACGGAGCGGGCGGAGUCGGUGACGCCGUGCCCGUCUCCCCGGAGCCGCCACGGUCGGACGAGGACGCCGACGGGCCGGGCAGCGGCGACAGCGACGCCUACGACCAAGACACGGACGUGGACAGCGGCGGCGAGGGGGCGGAGGAGGCCGGGCCGUCAUCACGAGCUGCCGCUCCGUCCUCCCGAGCUGCGCCGCCGGCCGACGACAGUCUGGAGCUCGACGGUGAUGCACUGGAUGACCCGCUACCGGUGCGCCCCAAGCGGCCGGCGGCUGAACCAGCCCGACCGCAGCCGCCGCCGGACAAACGGCGGCUGGCCGAGUGUGACGACCUGCUCGACCUGGUGUGACCUCAUCUGACCUGCUCGACCUGGUGUGACCUCAUCUGACCUGCUCGAGCUGGUGUGACCUCAUCUCAGGCCGGGGGUCAGGUCACCGGGGCG